AUGGCAACAAGCAGAUUUUAUGACAUACCAGGAACACAUCGACUCAGUGACCCGUCAAAUGAAAACUCAUCGCUGAUAUCAUCAAGCCGCCCAAAUAAGUCGUAUUAUAACUACCAAGCAACUCCUAAAGGCCAGAAGAAAUCGUCCAAGUACGAUCCAGAAAACCCACAUAAACAUAAAUUAGGAACCUAUGAUGGUGUCUUUAUCCCAACAUCCUUAAAUGUCCUUUCAAUUCUUAUGUUUUUAAGAUUCGGUUUCAUACUGGGUCAAUUAGGGUUAUUGUGCACAUUGGGUCUCUUACUUCUAAGUUACUUCAUAAAUCUAUUGACCACUUUAAGUAUCUCUGCCAUUUCUACGAAUGGUACUGUGCGUGGUGGAGGUGCUUAUUAUAUGAUAUCAAGGUGUUUGGGUCCAGAAUUUGGUGGAUCCAUAGGCGUUGUAUUCUUUUUAGGGCAGGUCCUUAACAGUGGUAUGAAUGCACUUGGUCUUGUGGAACCACUAUUAUAUAAUUUGGGAAAACCCUCAGCAGAUUCCAUAUCAUCAGCAGCAUUAUUUGCGUUACUGCCGAGAGGAUAUUGGUAUGAAUUAACUUAUGCUAGUGUAAUUCUAUGCACGUGUCUUAUCAUCGCAUUGGUCGGAUCUCAAACGGUAUCAAGAGCAGGAAAUAUUUUAUUUUUCGUCCUAGUAUCAUCAAUUGUCUCUAUCCCAUUAUCAGUGCUCUUCCAAAAGCCUUUUGAAAACGGUAAAAUUAUAUAUUCAGGCAUAUCAUGGGAAACUUUCCAAAAUAACCUUUUUCCUCAUUUUACAAAAGGUGCUGCUGGUUCCAUAUUAAAGAAGAAGGAAACCUUUAAUAAUCUAUUUGGUGUGUUCUUCCCUGCAACAGCAGGUAUAUUUGCUGGUGCUGGUAUGUCAAGUGAACUACGUAAACCGUCAAAAUCUAUCCCCAAAGGUACUUUAUGGGGGCUUCUUUUCACUUUUUCGUGCUAUACAGUUGUUGUUAUAUCCAUGAGUUGUACUAUCCCAAGAAAAACUUUAUAUAAUGAUGUUCAAGUUAUUCAAUCUGUAAGCGCUGUCCAAUGGAUUAUUUUCCUCGGUGAAAUGGCGACAUCUUUAUUUUCUAUUAUUGUUGGUAUGUUAGGUGCAGCAUAUGUCUUAGAAGCAAUUUCUAAGGAUUGCAUAUUUCCAGGAUUAUCGGUAUUUAACAGAAAUCCAAUAUACACAUUAAUCUUUACUUGGCUAUUGACACAAAUCUGUCUAUUCUCAGAUGUCAAUAAGAUUGCUACCUUCAUUACUUUAACCUUUUUAAUGACUUUUAUUGUCAUGAAUAUGGCAUGCUUUCUACUAGAGAUUUCUGCAGCACCAAAUUUCAGACCGUCUUUCAAUUACUUUAAUAGAUAUACUGCGUUUGUUGGUGCAAUAUCCUCCAUCCUGGCAAUGAUUAUUGUGGACGGAGUCACAGCAUCGGCCCUCAUGUUGGGAAUGGUUAUACUAUUCCUAUUAAUACAUUAUGUUUCUCCACCGAAGCCAUGGGGUGACGUCUCACAAAGUUUAAUUUAUCACCAAGUAAGAAAAUACCUUUUAAGAUUACGCCAAGAUAAUAUUAAAUAUUGGAGACCGCAAAUACUAUUAUUCGUAGAUAAUCCUAGAACGAGUUGGAAUUUGAUACGAUUUUGUAAUCAUCUAAAAAAAGGUGGAUUGUAUAUCUUAGGUCAUGUGACAGUCACAGACAAAUUUCAAGACCAAAUAAAUGAAAUGAAAAUCCAACAACGAGCUUGGGUGAAAAUUAGAGAUAUGUUGGGAAUUAAAGCAUUCGUUCAAAUUGGAAUGGGUCCAACGUUACCAUGGGGUGUAAGAAAUGUGUUUAUUGGGGCAGGUUUGGGUGGGAUGAAACCUAACAUUACCGUACUGGGAUUUUUCGACUUGAAAUCUUAUCAUCGUAGGCAGGCUAGCGAUGGUGGAACCACUGACACUACUAAUCACAAUAAUUUCACAACCAAUAAUGCUAAUAAUGCUGAAAUACUUCACGCAACUAGAAAUACACAGACAAACGAUAUAAAUAUUGAGAUACCAUCACUACCCCCACUCCUUCCAACGGACGAAUGUAAGAACGAAGAGAAGAUUAAAGUUCAACAAUGGGUAGAAAUAAUAGAAGAUCUUUCCAUAUUACAGUCGAACAUAGCUAUAGCACAUGGGUUCGGAGACUUAAUUCUACCAACUAAAGAUUCACAUUGUUCUAAGAAAAGGAUUAUUGAUUUGUAUCCGAUACAGAUGUGUGGUGUCAUUAAUACAUCAGAACAUCCAUCAAUGGCAAGCUCAAAUUUUGAUACCUAUACUUUGAUUUUACAACUGGGUGCAAUACUAGUUACUGUUCCCGAAUGGAAGGACACUCAUACUUUACGUGUUAUAUUAUUUGUAGAAAAGGAACUAGAUAGAGGACCAGAAAUUGACAGAAUGACUAAAUUACUAGGCGUUUUAAGAAUAGAAGCUGAAGUCCUAGUGGUAUCAUUGGAUCAGUUUAGAGUAUACAACACUAUUGUAAAAGGUGAUACUAUCACAUUUGAUUAUGUUAAUUCUGUUCUUGGGGACAAUGCUUGGUGGAUGGACUUAACUGAGGCAAGGGCCACGUCAAGACCAAAACGUAGGUUUUCCUUGCAGAACGACCUGCAGUUUUCAAAGGAUGUGUCGAAAAAAGAGAAAUAUAAAGUAUCAAAGUUGCAAAGAUUAGGGGUUGUAAUGUCCAUGACUUCAAGUAUGCCUGCAGGUAAUAUUCUAACGCCCUCAAUUAGUGAUGAAUCUGAUGUUGAAACAGAUAUUUCUUUCGAAAGGGAUAGAAGCGAUUUUUUAAAGGGUUCCCCCGAUGAAGCAAAUACUAAAUCCACUCUUACAGAAGAUAAACCAAAAUCUAAAGUGAAAACGGUUGGGAACAAACCUGUCUUCUCUAGUGACACUUUACCGAAAACAAAAGUGCUUGAAGAAGGUAAUGGAGAUAAGCCUACCUUAGUACCUAUUUCCGAAGAUUCGAUGAAUAGUACGGUGAAUGAUUCUAAGUCAAGAAGACCAAUUCUCCCUGAUCUAUCACCAUGUUGUUCAAGAGAGAGUUUACUGACAGCAAUGGCAAAUUUAUCAUUUAAUGACUUACCCAGUAGACCGCAACAUUUGAUUUUAAAUGACAUGAUGACGCAGUUAUCUGGUGGCUCUGAUCUUAUAUUUUCAACUCUACCGAUUCCGGCCUUAGGGACACAUACAGAUCCAGAAGCAAGCCUUCAAUACAUUGAAGACUUGGAUUUAUGGUUAGAAGGAUUGCCCCCUACAAUGUUAAUAAACUCGCAGACAAUGACUGUGACAACUGCAUUAUAA